UAAGACCUUGUCCCGCUGGCGGUUGCUUUCAGUGCAGAUCAGAGGUGGAUUUGCGGCAGUAUGCGCAUGGAGUGCGUGGUUGAACCCCAGAGUUAGUUAACCCUGAUGAUUGUACGUCAGUGCACCAGUAGAGGCAUCACCUCUCAGCUGUGUGCCCGUCUCAAAGAGCCCCGGACCCAGGGCAGACAGGAUAUGGCCAGACACAGCUCAGACCUGGCAGCGUUUAGGGACGUGUUCUCUAAAGCCAAACACGUGGCCAUCUUGACGGGAUCAGGGUUGAGUGCAGAGAGUGGGGUCCCAACCUUCAGAGAGGGAGGCUUCUGGAGGAAAUGGCAAGCCCAGGACCUGGCCACCCCUGGUGCAUUCAGUCAGAACCCGUCCAGGGUUUGGGAGUUCUACCACUACCGGAGGGAGGUGAUGCUGAGGAAGAGGCCCAACCCGGCCCAUUUGGCCAUAGCAGAGUGUGAGGCGCGGCUGCAGAGACAGGGACGCCGUGUCACCGUCAUCACAGAGAACAUCGACGAGCUGCACUACCGCGCCGGAUCCACCAACGUCCUGGAGAUACACGGCAGUCUGUUUAAAACCAGCUGUUUGAGCUGUGGUAAUGUUGCGGUCAGCCACAAGAGCCCCAUCUGUGCUGCCCUGGAGGGCAGAGGUGCUCCAGACCCAAACACCAGUAAUGCUCAGAUCCUUCCUCAUCACCUACCCAGGUGUGAGCAGGGUGGCUGUAGUGGUCUGCUCAGGCCUGAUGUGGUCUGGUUUGGGGAGACUUUGGACUCAGACAUCCUGACUCGUGUUGAAGAGGAACUAGACCGCUGUGACCUCUGCCUAGUGGUAGGUACGUCCUCCAUAGUGUACCCAGCAGCCAUGUUUGCUCCACAGGUGGCGGCUAGAGGCAUGCCUGUAGCUGAAUUUAACAUGGCGGAAACACCAGCUACCAUGCGCUUCAAGUUCCACUUCCACGGCCCCUGUGGGACCACCCUGCCCCCUGCACUGGCACGUCAUGAGACUGAAGACAACUGAAGAGGCAACAACCCUAAAAUUCCCUGACAAAUCUUGUCAUUCAUUUGUUGUGGCCACUAGAUGGCGAUGGUAAAGCCAUUUACAAACCAGAGCACCCAAUUUGAAGAAGACAAUGCUCUGUCAUUGGCUGAUUGCUCCCAACCCAUAGGAAUUCCUGCCCAUUUGACUACAUUAAAAUGGUGGAAGCCCUUAAUGGCGCUGCCCAUGCUAAAACAGGCUUUUGGGCACUAGAGUCCUCUAUCUAUUUCUAUGGUCUCUACAGAGCCGGAGAAAAGCCUGAUUCACUCCUGUUGGGUUUGGAGAACCUGCUAUAUAUUUUGUAAAAUAUAAUGUGUUCUCAAUAACCUACCUGGUAAUACAUUAAAAACUCUUAUGGUAAGUUUGA